UGGCCGUCUCCAUCAUUGUCCACACGUACAGCUUUAUACUAACUACAACUCUCUCUCUUUCUCUCUCUCUAACACAGACUCCACUUUCUGUGUCUCUUCUUCUAAUUGGUCUUUCACUCCUGCUUUUCUCUCAAUUCUGGAAUUCAUUCACAUUUUUAGGCUUUCUGGGUACAUGUUUAUAGUCCAAAAAAAGUUGACCUUUUUGUGCUAAAGAUUGGAACUUUGGGCAAGUGAUUCUCUGAUCUGGUCUGGGCUUUUCUCAAGAACAAAUUUUGGGUGGGAAAAGAUGACUGUGGAAGAAAUAAGAGGACACAUGGGGAGUGAAAAGGGAAAUCAUGACAACUUCCCAGUGGGCAUGAGAGUUCUUGCUGUUGAUGAUGACCCAAUUUGCUUGAAGUUAUUGGAAGGCCUGCUUAGGAAAUGCCAGUAUCAUGUAACUAUAUCAAGUCAGGCAAGAAUGGCACUGAAGAUGUUGAGAGAUAACAGAGACAGAUUCGACCUGGUGAUCAGCGAUGUUCAUAUGCCCGAUAUGGAUGGUUUUAAGCUGCUCGAGCUCGUUGGUCUCGAGAUGGAUCUUCCUGUCAUCAUGUUGUCGGCGAAUAGUGAUCCCAAACUUGUUAUGAAGGGAAUAACUCAUGGCGCUUGUGACUAUCUCGUGAAACCUGUGCGGAUUGAGGAGCUGAGGAACAUAUGGCAGCAUGUAAUCCGAAGAAAGAAGCUCGAGCCCAAGAGCCAAAACAAGUCGGGUGAUCAAGACAGAUCUCCUCACGGGGGUGGAGAAGGCGGGCAGGGGGCUCCAUUGUCGGGUUCCACAGACCAGAACGGGAAGCUCAACAAGAAAAGGAAGGACGAGGAAGAUGAGAGCGACGAGAAUGGUCACGAGAACGAAGACCCUUCAACGCAGAAGAAGCCUAGGGUGGUUUGGUCUAUAGAACUCCACAGGAAGUUCGUUGCAGCCGUUAACCAGUUGGGCAUCGAAAAAGCUGUACCUAAAAGGAUUCUUGACCUGAUGAACGUCGAUGGUCUUACCCGAGAAAACGUUGCAAGCCAUCUCCAGAAAUACCGGCUCUAUUUGAAAAGGAUCAGUUCAGUUGCAACCCAACAGGCCAACAUGGUGGCGGCCUUUGGGGGUAAAGAUUCUGCUUAUAUGCGAAUGGGUUCGCUAGACGGGCUUGGAGAUUUUCGGACACUGGCUGGAUCGGGAAGAUUUAGCCAUGCUUCUUUAUCAUCGUAUACGCCAGGUGGCAUGCUCGGUAGACUUAAUAGUGCUGCUGGUGUGAGCAUCCGAAAUCUUACCUCACCGUCAUUGAUCCAACCAAGUCACGGGCAAAAUCUGGGCAAGCCCCUCGGUACUUUAGGAAAGUUGACUCCGAAUGUGAGCCAGAACGCUUGUCUGUUUCAAGGAAUUCCAUCGUCGUUAGAGCUCGAUCAGUUUCAACAAAGCGAUGGCAUACGGGACCUGAAUCCCUUGGAUGAUUCGACGCUCCUUGGGGCUGCUAAUACCUUCACGGACCCUGGAUCGGGGAUUGGUAGUUCGAGCAAUCCUAUGAUGCUUCACGGGAAUUCUCAAUUGGCGGCGGGGGGAAUUGGAAACCAGCAUUCUCUCAACAUGGCUUCUUUAAAUUCCGAACAUUUUAACAUUGGUGUUGGCGGUUCUUCCAAUUUUCUCGACCAUGGACGAGCUAGCGACAACUGGCAGAACCCGAUUCAGGUGACCAACUUUCAAUCGAGUUCUCUUCCAUUGACCGAAACUUUCAAUCAAGGCCAGAUGCAACAAAAUUGUGCGAGAGAAAAUAAUUCUUCGAUCGCCCCUCAUUUACAGGGCGGGUGUGCAGGCUAUUCUUCCCUCUCAUCUACUGCCACGCCUUUCGAAGAUUCACGGGGAGAAAUUCAACGACGGGAAAGGUUGGUAGUAGGUGAUGCUAUCCCGAGUAUUAACCAUCAAUGGGGAGAACUUAAACAGAACCCUAACUCAAACGGCGUUUACAGCAACUUAACCGCUCAGGUUCCCGCCAGCAGCAUCGUGCCGCCUUUAAGCCAGAGUAUGGACCUAUGCAAUGACACCGGCAACAGAAGAAUGGACGCUUCCGGUCAAUCGAAUCUCGGGGGUUCUUCGGUUCUCUUGCAACACAACAAGAACGAAAAGUUGAGUACAGAAUCAAGGGCGAGAUACUAUGAAGACUACCUUUUCGAGCCCCCGAAGCCACAAGGCGCUUUUCCUUCUCAAGGUUACGGCUCUCUGGACGAUCUGAUGAGCUCGGUGAUCAAGCGGGAACAAGAUGGAGCGACACUAGAAGGGGAAUUCGGGUUUGAUGCUUACUCAUUUGGGCCGUGUAUAUGAGAGUCGUUUUUUGUAGCAAUUCUUCAAAAAGAGAGAGGGUGUAGGAUGCAGGGUCUGCUUCAUCAGAAUUCUGUGUUGAUAUGUAGCUUCUUUAGAUUUUUCCUUAUUCUGAUGCUCUUUUCCUCAUUAUUAUUUUUUAUAAGUACUUUUGUUGUUUGAUAAAUGGUAACAUAUCUUGAUGCAUAAAGCCUAUUCAUUUCUUCUCCA